GAAGAGCAACAAGUCCUCUUUCGGCAAGAACGUCAACGUGGCCGUGGCCAUCUCCGCAAAGAAGGUGCUCAUGUGCCGCGUUGUGGACGGACGUUGGAGCGCGGCGACGGCGGCGGAGAUGCACCAGGAGGCCUUGGCCCCGGCGCUGCGCAAGGCCAACGCGAAGUCGCGGUCUUUCUUCAUUCUGGAGGACAACGAGCCAACGGGGUACAAGGCCAAGCUCAGCAAAGAGGAGAAGGUGAAAUGCAUUCCCUUCCCCAAACGCAGCCCGGACCUCAACCCCCUUGACUACGGCUUCUGGUCCAUGAUCAAUAAGCGCCUGCGGGGCCAGGGGGCGAAGUUCCCGCCGUCCAAGAAGGAGAGCAGGGCCGCCUUCAUUCGGCGCCUGAAGCGCACCAUCACGCGGGCCCCCUCUGCCACCCUUGAGCCACUGGUGAAGUCCAUGAAGCGGCGCUGCACCGCGUUGCUGGCCGCGAAGGGCGCGGACUUCGAGGAGAAGAGCAACAAGUCUUCUUUCGGCAAGAACGUGAACGUGGCCGUGGCCGUCUCCGCAAAGAAGGCGCUCAUGUGCCGCGUUGUGGACGGACGUUGGAACGCGGCGACGGCGGCGGAGAUGUGCCGGGAGGCCUUGGCCCCGGCGCUGCGCAAGGCCAACGCGAAGUCGCGGCCUUUCCUCAUUCUGGAGGACAACGACCCAACGGGGUACAAGGCCAAGCGCAGCAAAGAGGAGAAGGUGAAGUGCAUUCCUUUCCCCGAGCGCAGCCCGGACCUCAACCCCCUUGACUGCGGCUGCUGGUCCAUGAUCAAUAAGCGCCUGCGGGGCCAGGGGGCGAAGUUCCCGCCGUCCGAGAUGGAGAGCAGGGCCGCCUUCAUUCGGCGCCUGAAGCGCACCAUCAUGCGGGCCCCCUCGGCCACCCUUGAGCCACUGGUGAAGUCCACGAAGCGGCGCUGCACCGCGUUGCUGGCCGCGAAGGGCGCGGACUUCGAGGAGUGA